UCAUUCGAAAACCUAAUAGCCUGCUGUAGCUGUCACAACAGAAAUCCCUCUGCCUUUAGAAAAUGCUGGAGUGCUUUUUUUCCAAAAGUGAAAAAACUCCAUGGACAAGAGCUAAACGGUGGUGGUGUAUUUUGACAAUGAUCCUGAUGUUGGGAACGUUUAUGUCAACUUUCUACAUUUCGAACCCCCAAGUGUCAUGGCCUUUAAAGUUUUGGACAAGGUUAAGGUCAAGCCAAUCUUACGACAAUGACAGCACUUCACCACCAGAGGGUCCUUCAGCGUACUUUGUGCCUUACCCACACAGGUAUCGAUUCAUAUUGGACGAACCCCAUAGAUGUUUGCAGGAAAGCCCAUUCUUAGUCCUUGUGAUUCCAGUCGCACCCCACAACAGAGAGGCCCGUGACACAAUCCGUAACACAUGGGGGAGAGAAACCACAGUGCUGGGUCAGGUCGUGAGCCACUACUUCCUGCUGGGACUGUCCAAAGAGGAAUACGGGACUGCAACCCCCAAGGAGCAAGUGAGCUGACUCAUUACAAGUUCCUGA